GUUGAUUUUCUGUGAAGACGGCAGCAGCAUGGCAAGUCGCGAAGUGCUCUCGGAGGCGACGAGCAUUCAUGAGGGCCCCGUGCCCGCGUACCUCCUCGACCAGAUCGCUGGCCAAGUGAGCGCCAACGACGGCUCGGGCGAGAAGGUGGCCGAUUUUCUGCUCGGCCGCAUGAACAAGAGCAACGUGAACGUGCGCCUCAAGGCCCUGCAGAUCAUUAACCACUGCCUCAAGUGCAACAACCAAGGCUUUAUCAACGUCGUCCGCGAGGACGAAGAAGACAUUCAGCAGCUUGCGAAUGGCCCUUUGGAUCCAUCCAUUGGCGACGAAAAGACUCGCCGCAUUCGAACGGCCGCCCAGGAGAUCCUCACGUUCUUGAAUGGCGGCGCGGCUCCGAGUGGCAGCUCAAUGACGCAGAGCCCGCAGCCAGGCUACGGAGCCAACCGAUCGUCGCAGCACGGAGGGUAUGGCGGCGGUCCGCCGCAGGGCUACGGUCAGCAACGAGCCGCGCCUGUCUGGGGCAACAACAACAGCAACAGCAACCAGUACCCGACACCAGGUCAGCCAGCGCCGUAUGGGAAUCAAGCGCCAGGACAGUACGACCAACGCCCGGCGCCGUACCGAGACGCGAACCAAGGCGCGAGCCCGUACCGGGAACCCUACCCGUCCUCGGGGCAGCAGACGUGGGGCAGCAAUGGCGCUGCACCGGCGCAACAACGACCGUCCUUUGGCGGCGGCGCGUCCACCACGACGUGGGGCGGCUCGAACUCGAGCGCCCCUACUGUACCGCAAUACGGCCAGCCGACUGCACCGACGUACGGUCAGCCGACACCGCCCCAGUAUGGUCAGCCGACACCGCCCCAGUACGGUCAGCCGACUCCACCGGCGUACGGCCAUCGUUCCAGCACGUCGAGUUCGAUUGGCGACGGCGCGGCGUCGGUCUCGGGUAACGCGUCUGGCGUCUGGGGCAAAGGUGGCUUUGAACGGCGAGAGUCGCAGGCCAACGAUCCCAACAACAUCCGGUGGAGCAGCGCCCGGGACAACCGUCCGACCGUGCUUGUCGGCACCAAAAGCUCCAUGUUUGGUCCGACGCGGUCAGUGCCGCCGGUCGGCAACCCGAUGAUGCAGGGCAGCGGUCUCUCGGGUAUCGGCGUCGGUAUGGGCGUCGGUGGCAUGAGUGCGCCACCCGCGCCGUUUGCCUCGUCUGGUCCGCGCCUUCCGACGUCGAGUCUCCCGGUUCAAGACAAGCCGUCGACCGCGUUUAGCCAAAAGCUCGAUGUCAUCAAGAAGAAGGGCAUGGGUGUCAUAGACAUGUGGGAUCGGCGCAACAUGGAUAAGGACAUGGCGUCGUCGUUGGCCGAGCACGACGAUUACGUGCAGACGGACAUUCGCGCGAUGGACCGCGGCGCAGCGUACAACCCGGGCGUAACCAUGGGCAGCUCGGACAAGAGCGGGGACUAUGAACGCACGCUGAUUGACGACUUGUGCCCGCCGGGCGGUCUCGCGCGUGCGCCGCCGUCGGAGAACCUCAAGCGAUUUGUCGACUUGGCCAAGACGCUUGAUAUCCAUACGAUCGGCGAGCUCCUCCUCGAUAAGCUUGAAGACAACUCGUGGAUGGUGCGCCUCAAGGGCCUCUGCGUCUGGGAAGCACUGCUCGAUGCGCCCGGCUGCUCCCACUACGGCGACUGGCUCGAAGAAAACCUCGAGCUCGUCCAGCACCUCACGCAAGAUCGCAAGUCUCAUGUCGCCAUCAAGGCCAAGCAGGUGCUCACGCUGCUUGGCAUUGACGUCGGGGACCUCCCGGCCGCCGCACCCAAGCCGUCACCGGCGCGCGCGCCACGCGCAUCGGCCGAAGUCGACAUUCUCGGACUUGGCAUGGGCGGCCUCUCGGUGGAGGCCGCGCCAGUGCAAUCGCCAGUCCAACUACCGCCGGUCGCUGCGACGCCGCCACCGAUGGUGACACAGAACCUCUUGAGCUUUUCGCCGCCGAUGCAACCGACGCCGGCGCCGGGCGUCGUGCCGCCGUUGAUGGCCACGCUGCCGCCGGACGCGACCCGGUCGCUGAGUGACUUUGGGAAGGACCUCUUUACCCUCGCCAACUCUCCGCGCGCGCAGCAAGCGGCGACGCCGAGCGGCGAAAAGUCGGCUUUUUCCUUCAUGUAGAUUCCCUAACCCUUCCUCCGACAAUGCUGUCGUCUGCUUC